AUGCUGAACACUUGCCAACGCAUUGAAGCAGUGCGUGGUUCUGGCAGCUCCUGGGCGACCAGCAUAUUGAAGUCAUUUACUGGCCGCAAAGCUUUGGCCAUUGCAAUGGCAUCUGACGCUGCGGCAACAGUGAUGGACUUUUGCCGGUUCAUGGAUACUGAGUCAGCUGAUAUAGCCCAAAUCAAUUACAGGGCGCAAAGCUUCCUCCUUGCUGGCCAUGCGCUCUUCACUGAAAAGAAAGUCUUCAGCCUACCGACUUACACCAAGACUAUGCUGGACCAGAUUCAGGGCCAGCCACUCACAGUCAUGAGCAGCGGCGAUGCCCCUCGGCAAGUACAGGAAUGGAUGCAAGCUGCGGAAUCGACCUUAGCCGCGGAGUUUCCCGACUGGCACAUCCUCAGUUGCUUCGAUGUCUUUCACCUUGAAGAACGGCGAGCAAGCGCGCCACCGGAUCACUUAGACGAUUGCUUGGCGAAGCUUGCCAAUUGCUUCAAGGUCCGACUCCCGGACCUCAAGAAGCAAUACGCGGCGCUGCUACCAAUUGCGACGCAGCUGUACAAGGUUUUGUGUGGCUACUUGGCAUGGACUCCUUCCACGUCGGGCGUGGAGCAGCUUUUCAGCAAAGUCAAGCGGAGCCCGGUCGAGCUGACGUCGUCAAUGGAAGUGACGGACAUGCGGCUUUGCGUCGUCAUGGGCAUGGGCGACUUGACUCAGCCGGAGGAGGACGAGAUCCUGCAAAGCGGGCAGCGAAUCUAUACAGCGAUGCUGAAGUCUCAGCUCAGCUAUCGGAGAAAGCCCGGCAAGCGUCGUAUAGACAAAGGUGUCCCAAAAGGGCAGACUCGUCGAUCGACAGGGUCGCAGGCAGCCUGGCAUCGAGCAAGGAAGGCGGCAGUGGCCAAGGCUGCUGAGGAGUUGAAAACGCCGCCGAGGAGGCCUCCGUUGGAGCUGCCAGAGUCUUUGGCCAAGGAAGAGUCUCGUCAGCGGGCUCUGGAGAAGAAAAGGAAGGCAGACGCAUUGGGCGACGGGUAUCUCUUACCGAAGGAAAUUACGCCAGGCCUUGAAGCCUACGCAGCUAAAAAGCAAAAGCAGGACUUGGCCAAUGACAAGUCUCGCGGAAACAAAUUCCACGAGUAUGAGGACUUGCGAGAGGGCGACCUUUACCUCGUCAAUGACUUCACGGCUGUUCACAGGAAGGUGCGUGCCAUGGCCGCGCUGAGAGGCUUAGAUUUGCCAGUGGCAGUCUAUGUCACUGAUGAGUUCAAGCGCGAGGAACCCGGUUUGACGCUGAUUCUUCGACACGCUUGUUCCAAUGGGUGGCAAGCUGUCGGGGCUGACGGGCUGAGAGGCUCAAUUGUGAGACGUCAGGGGCCCGUUGUCGCCAUGCCGCCGACGUAUGACAUCAAGCAGCUUGUCGUCAAAGUGAAUUCCAUGGCUGCAACCUGGCGCCAGCGGCUGUCACCACAUUCCACGCCGAUGCCCAAGGAUAGUUUUCGAGUCGCCAGCGACUGCACGGGUUAUGGGUCCGAGCUCAUCGCCCUCACGCUCUUGGGGCUGAGGCGCCGUGUCAAAUGCGUCAUGUCUUCGGACAGUGACGUCGACAAGACUGUCUUGCACGGGGCCGUGGCUCGUUCGUGUGGGAUCUCGACCACGGGUGCCCGCCAUUAUACGGAUGUCCUAGCCCGGGACGACUUGUCCGCCCCAUCAGCUGAUUUAUAUGUGGCCGGCUACCCAUGCCCUUCAUACUCACAACUGGGCAAGCAACUUGGUCCGAAAGACUGUCGAGGGUUAGUGACAUUGAAGGGGCUACUAUACAUAGCAGCGCAACGUCCCAGAGUUGUGGUGUUGGAGCAAGUCGCUGCAUUGAUGACGCACCAGAAACAUCGCAAAGUUUGGGAAUUUAUCUUGAAGACAUUGAAUGCCCUGAGUUACUACGUGCAGUAUCGUGUCAUGAGCCCAAAGGACUACGGGAUUCCACAGAGCCGCGACAGACUCUAUUUGUUUGCAGUCGUCCAGGAAAGUCUGGCGCAGGAGCUGACUCUUCCGGGCCCAAGGUUGACUGCCAGCGACCUCCACUGCUUCUUGGACAAAGACAAGGUUGGCAAUGAAGUGCUGCAGCUUCCCAAAUAUGAGCGGCUUUUGGGUCGCGCGAUGUGGUUGAAGGGCUACAUCUUAGACGUAGCAGCCUCUGAGCGUUUCCAAUGUGUUCUCACCAAUGUUUCGCCAUGCCUCACUAGGACAAGGCUGAAAGGCACAGUCAUUGGCUUCUACAUUCCAAAGCUCAAGAGGCGGCUGCUGACUUCUGAAUGUGCCAGACUUCAAGGCUUGCCAGCCCAAAUUUGGCGGAAUAUGGCCCAAUCAUGCCAGGAAGAGAGAUUGGCGCCAACGGCAGCUGCAGCUGCCUUGGGAGACGCCAUGGCGCUGAACUGCUUGAUGACGGUCCUACGCCGGGCAUUGGACGCGUCUGGCUUGGCCACACUGGGAAGUCGCAAAGACUACUGGCUCAAUGUUCCAGCCGGUCGCAGCGCUGCUGAAAUGAGCUCAAACUCGGCGACGCGGCGGCGCUUGGCUUUGACAGGCGCUGGCCAUGGCGAUGGACCUGGACCAGACGACGUCGUGAGUGAGGGCGACGAGCAGCGGCACGGCAACGACGCCCGUCACAUUGCCGUCGUCCUGAGCCACGGCGACGCCGGCCAAACACAUGGCUGGCGUUGGUGCCAGGAGCAAGGGAGGCAGCUGGCCGAGGCCAAGGCUAAGGCCACUGCCUCAGCAUCGUCGAGCGCAGGCCUCUGGCGACAAUUUGGCAGCCGCCGCAGCAGCGGCAGCCUCAGCCAAGACAAUGCCACGAUGCAUACGGCGGGGAUCCUCGUCAUGUCUUAUUCCUUGCUGGCACUGGGCUCAAGUGCAAUUUUGGGACCGCCUUCAAGUUGGCCUUCACCGACGACUCAGACUCCUUGGCGCGCGAUGGCGCAGAACUUGGAUCAGCUCCGGGCAAAUUUGCAGAGGCUUGUCAGACACACUCAGUGGAAUGCCCACUAUGCUGUCGAAUUGCGACUCAGGAUCCACUGGGCCUGGCAGACCAUCGACGCAGCUGACCAAGAGAUGUGCCACGAUCUCUUCCACGAAGCGCAAGUCUGGGUUCCGGAGCUAGCCCACGUCGGCUACAUUGCGCCGGCUUUGAUCCGGAACUUUAUUCCAGGUAUUGGUCUGGGCACCAAUCUCGGAAAAGGCAGGGCCGGGUACUACAUGGAGAUUGCCGUGGGCCACGUUCUGUAUGACGACCUGGCGACGGACACGACUCCGCGGGAAAGGCGAAUUUUUUGGUGGUUCGUGAAGUGGUCCGACGACUGGCACUCGGUGCUCCAGGAUGUGCAGCGGCUUCUGCCAAAUUGGAACUGGAAGCCGACGUCGUCUUCGUCUCGACACCUGGUCCUGGCAGCGGCUGACGUGACAAUGCCGCCUAAGAACGUGUCGGCUUGGCGGCUCAACAAUGCCGAGAAGGCGGAAGUCCAAAGGCGGGUGAGCUUGGGAGAAGAUGAACACGCCGUCAAAAGGGAGCUUCAAGAAAAGAAGGCCCAGGCCAACGAAGACCGGAAGCGAGCGGCUGGUGCCAUUGCUGAUGCUGCGGCGCCUAAGCCGGCAGCGAAGCGUGCCAAGACUACGACUGAUGGUGACCCAGUCUCUCCACCGCUUCCGGGCGACCACAGCGAUCCAACGAACAGCGCUUACUACAAGGAAGUCCAGUCAGACAUUCGCCGAAUUUUGGCUCAGUUUCCUGGCAUGGAGUCGGCAAGCCCAUUGCCAUUGACAAAUGACGCCGGAACUGGGGUGCAGGAGCCUUUCGACAAGUCAAAAGGUGAGGCAGCGCUUUUGACCCACGAGGUCUACCGCUGCUCAAUCCCUGUGUGGUGGCUCAGCCUUCUCAGCUCUCCCACGCCAGGUGUUCCUUUAAGCAGAAAGAGAACCAAUGACAUGGCCGAAUUUUACUAUCCAGACGGGAAGCCAUCCUUCAUGACAAGUCAGACUGUGGAGGUCCAAAUUACAAACCCGGGGCUGUCAGCGACGCCAAGCAGUCUCCAGAUGGUGAGCCCUGAGGAGAUUGUGCAUGCGCUGCUCGCUGGCUGCAGGUCUGACCAGUGGGCUGUCCACAAAGACACUUGGCAAUCAGUGCUGCUGAGUGUGCCGUGCAGCUUCCUGGUGAUGCCGCAGUCAGGUCUGAGAGUGGCGGCGUUCAACCGGAGACAGGCUGUGUUACAGCAGCACGAAUCCAUGGCCCGAACCGGUAUGCAAACCACGAUUGAGGUGACUCAUCUGCGGUCCAUGCUCGAAGCUGCGAACCCAGCGGCUCAGAAAAUGAACCACGCCCAGGUGGCAAGCGAACUUACUGCAAUGGGCUUGAAAUCCGUUGUUGCCGGCCGAAAGGCAUCGGCGGAUGAUGAUGACAGCGGGUCGGUGACAGGCAACCUCAUUGCCAAUUGCCAGGCAGUCUCAAAGUCAGUGCUUGUCUCCUCAAGAUGCGUGGAACUCCUGAUGGCGUUUGAGCAAGACUGGGGGACUCGCUCCCCCUUCCACAAGCUCGCAUCUUUGGCAGCGCUGGCCAAGAAGCCGUCCAGCGCCUUCUUUCGUGAGUGGGCCUUGGAAUCUCUAUACGACGCCGUCGCCAACAGACUCAUCCACGUGCCAGACGUCUCAAAAGGGAGUCUUCUGGGUGACAAGCACCAUUGUGGCCUACUGCCUCUGUAUGAGACUAAGUGGAAGGUUCUGACCCACUUCUUUGACGAGCUGCUGCCGAAGAGUGGCAUGCAGUCGGAUGACCGAGCGCUCCUGAAGGAAAAGCUCAGUGACCACAAGUCAUUUAGAGAGUCGUCAGGGGACGGCGAUGUCACCUGGAUGAGCAGACUCAAGAAGAGCGGCCUGGGCGCCUUUGAGUUGAUUCAGAGCCUUGUCUAUGACAAGAAGUAUGACAAUCAGAUGCGAAUGGCCGCCAAGCAAGGCGGCUCUCCUGAACAGGUCAUGGAGUUCAGUGACGUCGCUGAUGCCUGGGCGGCGGUGAAAGCCCAACUUGCCAAUGAAGAAAUUGAGAGAAAAGCCGCAGAGAAACUCGAGGGUGCCGGCGGGGACGAGAACGACAAUGAAGACGCAGAGUGUGUGGAGUCAAUGAGGAAGGCGCCCAACAAUUUUCCAAUGAAUUCAGGCCCAUACUGGCGCGCCGUGGCAAAUCAGACCCUGCGGACUUACAUCACUUUGGCGGUCGAGCCAAAGACUCAGGACAUGGUCACGACAGCUGUGGAAACCUGCCCGCUGAAGGACUUGAAAGCCGGCCCGGUGUUCACUCACCUUGACUUGGGCUUGCUUGGGGAAUCGAUGGGGCCUGACCAACAGCCGCGCUUGAGAAAGCGCUUCAACCCGGAUGACAACCUGCUCAGAGAGCUGAUUCAUGGAGCCAUGGUGGGCAGGGGCGGGCAGAAGAACUCUGCAGGCGAAUGCACGGUUCCAGCUGAAUCCGAAGUAGUGCUGCGCCACAUAAGCUCAGAUCGGUCCAAGAUGGAUUGCCGCUCAGUUUUCCGCCCGGAAUCAGCCCGAAAGGACGCCAGUCCUGACGCUGAAGAGAAGGAAGUGAUCGUCGCUUUCGACGACGAGUCGAUGCGCCUGAGGAAGAAGCUGUCAAGGGGAUGCUACUCGCUGCGGUCAACUCUCCUUUUCUACUCAAAGUCGCCGUUGAUUCCAGAUGUGGUGCCGGAGAAGCAGUAUGACUCGUACGGUUCCUGGAACACUUCGGACAUGGUGGGAUUCGUCAAAGCGCUGGGGCCAAGCUCGCUGUGGCAUGCAAGCCGAGAAGACAAGGUGGCCAUCUUGAGCGACGCCCGGGCUGUCACGCCAACUGACGCAGCAACGGCAAAAAAUGAGGCCGCCGACGAUGGCAGCGUCAUGUCGAGCCAGUCGGUGUUCAGCUGCCAGACCUUGCCGACCGACCUGUAUCGGGAGGUCUUGAAGGCCCACUCCUGCAAGGGGGUCAUCGACCUGUCGGCAGGGCAGGGACAGCUGGCUCGCGCCGCAAUUUGCGAUCGCCUUCCCUACUGGGGGCUGUGCCUUACCGAGGCCCACUGCAAGCAGCUGGAGGUGCAGCUCACGAAGUUCGUCUUCGACGAGAUGAGGCGCGAGGGUUCGACGCACUAUCGACCCGAGUGCUGCAGCGGCGGGGACGACGACCAGCAGAAGCCGCCGGCGCCCAAGCCAAAGCCCAAGCCGACCAACAGGCCGCGGAAGGAGGCUGGGGGCAGUGGCAAGGGGGAGGCGGACGACGACAAGAAGGUGCCGAAGCCUAAGUCGCAGUCUAAGGACACGACGACUGGCGGCAAUGACAACCAGGGUGGCAAAGACGACGACGGCGACGGUGACGAAGGUCGAACUCGUUGCCAUGGUAGGCGCGGCCUGACUGUCACUGACAGACAGUGA